AUGAAGCCCGUAGUAUCCGCCUUCAACGCAUGGACAUGGUACGAGAAUAUGUAGAAGAAAAUGGAACAUACAAGGACAUCAGAGCUAAGAGAAUAUACACAGCAUCGUCAUCUCCGUAUUCGCAAUCGUCAUCCUAAGCACAAUCGGCGGCAUGUUCGCGACUAAUCACCAUAGCAUGGUCGGCUCGGAAGAAGACCCCGAAGAUGGCGGUAAAGUCGCCGCCGCGGUAUUUGGCGCUGUUGCUGUAUAUGCGGUGAGGACUUUCGUGUGGAGAAAGUAGCGAUAAAGGGACGAAUGCUGAUGAGAUGGGUCCUACAGGUCUUUCUCCUCUUUUGCGCCUGCCAGGCGUUCAUGCACAAACGACAGAGCGGCCGCGGCGAAAUAGCAUUGCGCUGA